AUGGACACUUGGCAACUCCGAGUCCGUGCGCCGGAUGGAAGCCAGACGGUGACGCUGGCGCCGUCGUCUUCGGUCGCCGACCUGCGGCUUGCCGUGGAAGACGUCACAGGCAUUUCUGUCCCGUUCCAGGCUCUCAAGUUUGGCCGUCCGCCCAAGCUCCUUGGCCGUGACGGCGAUGAACUCACGCUGGAGGCUGCGGGCCUGGCCAACCGGGAGACGCUGAUGUUGUCGGUCCUGGCCGAGCCUGAGGUGGCGGCGGUAGUGUCAAGUAUACAGGAGCCAGCGCUGUCAAGCACAAGAUCGGGCUCUAGUCCGGCGUCGAGCUCGGCGCACCUGCCUCCUGCGCAUGCGGAUCCUGAGCUUCCGGCCGGCGGCUGGGCCUGUCCGGCAUGUACCUUUAGCAACGCGGCAGUCAUGCCGGUGUGUGAAAUGUGCGGGAGUCCAUCGCCCGCGUCGCAGGGGAAGGCGGCGGCGGCGUUGGUUGGCGGAAUGCGUGGCCCGCAGCUCCACACCUCGGGCACCAUGGUUCGUCGAGUCAUGGCCGACGACAACUCGUGCUGCUUCACUUCGAUCUCGUACCUGAUGUACGGCGACCGCGGAAGGGCGGCCGAGCUUCGCGAGCUCAUUGCAGCUACUGCAGGCGCUGACCCAGAACGCUGGAACGCCGCAACGCUCGGCAAGCCUGUGGCCGCGUACCAGGCGUGGAUCCGCAGCAGCACGUCAUGGGGCGGCGGCAUUGAGCUCGCCAUCCUCGCCGACUAUUUUGCUGUGGAAAUCGCCGUCAUGGACGCGCAGACAAUGCGGAUGGAUGUGUUUGGCUCGGGCUCCGACUACAGCACCCGCAUCUACGUCCUCUACACCGGCAUUCACUACGACGCGCUGGCGCUGGCAGUGUCCGAAUCUGCGCCCGAGACGGCCGACGUCCGCACCUUUUUGCCUGACGAUGUAUACGUCGAGGACCUCGCGCGAGGCGUGGUGGCACAUGUCAACUCGGCGCACGGCUUUACCGACGUUGGCUCCUUUGCUCUCUUUUGCCAAGACUGUGGCACAGUGCUGCGGGGACAGAAGGCCGCGGUGGAGCACGCGAGCAAGACUGGUCACGGCUCGUUCGUCGAGUACCGGGAGUAGCGGGCCAUCGGCGGCUACCGGCGCUUGAGCGCCGCCAAUUCCGCCUCGAGCUUGAGGCGCUCGGUUUGCCGCUGCGCCUUCUCCUUCUCAAACAGCCUCUCGUCGGUCCGCUGAAGAAAGUCCUGGCGCUCCAGAUACGCGUCUUUGCGCUUGGCCUCGAGCUCGGCCGCCAGGUUGUUGCUCUCUUUGAACGAGUUCCAGUCGAGGGCGGUUUUGAGCCCAACCGUCAUCUUCUUCUUGCCCUUGAGUUUGGAGAGGAGCGCGUCGACCC